AACAAUGUCAACGGAAAAAUCGGCAUCAUCGGCGCCGGAGACGCCUCCGAAUUUCUGGGGCGACACCCCCGCGGAGGAGUACUACGCCUCCGAAGGGGUGCGCCACACCCAAUCCUACUUCGAAACCCCCAACGGCAAGAUCUUCACCCAAAGCUUCCUGCCGUUGGAUCCCGACCUCCCGGUCAAAGCCACCGUCUUCAUGACCCACGGCUACGGCUCCGACAGCGGCUGGCUCUUCCAGAAAAUCUGCAUCGCCUUCUCCACCUGGGGCUACGCCGUCUUCGCCGCCGACCUCCUCGGCCACGGCCGCUCCGACGGCCUCCGCUGCUACCUCGGCGACAUGGAGAAGGUUGCCGCCACCUCCCUCUCCUUCUUCCUCCACGUCCGGCGCAGCGAGCCCUACCGCCACCUCCCGGCCUUCCUCUUCGGCGAGUCCAUGGGCGGCCUCGCCACCAUGCUCAUGUACUUCCAGUCCUCCGAGCCCGACAGGUGGACGGGCCUGAUCUUCUCUGCUCCCCUCUUCGUGAUCCCGGAGAACAUGAAGCCCAGCAGGCUCCAUCUCUUCGUGUACGGACUCCUGUUCGGCAUCGCGGACACUUGGGCCGCGAUGCCGGACAACAAGAUGGUCGGGAAGGCCAUCAAGGACCCGGAGAAGCUCAAGAUUAUAGCUUCAAACCCGAGGAGGUACACUGGGCCACCCAGGGUGGGGACCAUGAGGGAGAUUGCUAGGGUGUGCCAGUACAUACAGGAUAACUUCUCCCGCGUAACGGCGCCGUUUCUGACCGUGCACGGGACCGCCGACGGGGUGACGUGUCCGACGUCGUCGAAGCUGUUGUAUGAGAAGGCGUCGAGCGUGGACAAGAGCUUGAAGAUUUACGAGGGGAUGUACCAUUCGUUGAUACAAGGAGAGACCGAUGAGAAUGCCAACCUUGUGUUGCAGGAUAUGAGAGAGUGGAUUGAUGAGAGGGUCGAGAAGUAUGGACCUAAACCCUAAACCUUAAUUCGAUCAUUGGAAAUGAGAUCACUAAUGUGGGUUUGGGUUUGGAAUGUGACCAAUUGUGUAUUUGAUCUUAAUGUUAUAAUAAGUUCAUAAUUCAUAUUGUUAACGUAGUAGUUUGAGACUUUUUUUUUUAUAUCAGAAAUGAGCUGGAACGAGAUUAAUCGCCCAAGAGGUGAUUCAAACUCUGAUUCUAUUGUGGGAGACUCACAACGAUCAGAAGUAUGAGUAUGUCCUGAAUCGAUCAGUUUUAUUUUAUAUACGAAAUACUUGGUUGAUUUGAGAAAUUUUUGCUUCCUUUCAUAAUCUGUAGUUUGGUAUCCUGCAAAUGAGUUAUGUCGCAGACUUGCUGUCAGGGUGGAUGAUGAGUUUUGGUGGUUGGAACUUGUUUCUGUUUAUGAGUGUAAAGGUGAGGCAAGGUGCAUGCAUGUCUAGGCUGACCGAUUAUAGUUCGCUGUCUGAAUUAGGUGUCAUGUCUAGGUCUUUGCUUCCAUCAAGUG